UCACAACUAGCUUCUUCUCCUUCUUCCCCUACUGAUCAUCGCGUCACAUUUCUCAACAAACCCCUCCCGAGACUUAAAACAAAAGUCACAAUAACAAAAGCAAGACAUGGUUCAACUCUUCUCCCUGGCCUUGAUCUUCCUCUUUAUCUACCUCGUCCAUAUCCUCGUUAAGUUCUUGCUCUCACCCGACCGCCGCCGCCCCAAGCUGCCCCUCCCGCCGGGCACCCUCGGGUGGCCCUACGUCGGGGAGACCUUCCAGCUCUACUCCCAGAACCCCAACGUCUUCUUCGCCUCCAAAGUGGAGAGGUAUGGUCCAAUCUUCAAGACCCACAUACUGGGGUGCCCCUGCGUGAUGAUAUCGAGCCCGGAGGCGGCCAAGUUCGUGCUCGUGACCAAAUCCCACCUGUUCAAGCCCACAUUCCCGGCCAGCAAAGAGAGGAUGCUGGGCAAGCAGGCCAUCUUCUUCCACCAGGGCCAGUACCACUCCAAGCUGAGGAAGCUCGUCCUCCGCGCCUUCAUGCCCGACUCGAUCCGCUCCAAGGUCUCCGACAUCGAGUCCAUCGCCCUAGACUCCCUCAAGUCCUUGGAGGGGAGGUCCAUCGACAACACCUUCCUCGAAUUGAAGACGUACGCGUUCAAUGUGGCGCUGUUGUCCAUCUUUGGGAAGGACGAGAUCAAGUACAGAGAGGACCUGAAGAGGUGCUACUACAUUCUCGAGAAGGGAUACAACUCCAUGCCCAUCAACCUGCCGGGGACGCUGUUCCACAAGUCAAUGAAGGCCCGCCGGGAGCUCAGCCAGAUCCUGGCCAGGAUCCUCCACACCCGGCGGCAGAUGAAGCUCGACGACCAGCAGCACCCCGACCUGCUCGGCUCCUUCAUGGGGGACAAGGAGGGGCUCACCGACGAGCAGAUCGCCGACAACAUCAUCGGCGUCAUCUUCGCCGCCCGGGACACCACCGCCAGCGUGCUCACCUGGAUCAUCAAGUUCCUCGGCGAGAACCCCAGCGUCCUCGAAGCCGUGACGGAGGAGCAAGAGGCUGUGAUGAGGAGCAAGGAGGAGAGUGGAAAAGAGAGGCUGUUGACUUGGGAAGAUACCAAGAACAUGCCUUUGACUUCAAGAGUGAUCCAAGAGACCCUAAGGGUUGCUUCAAUCUUGUCCUUCACCUUCAGAGAAGCUGUUGAAGAUGUUGAGUAUGGAGGGUACCUCAUUCCGAAAGGAUGGAAAGUCUUGCCCCUCUUCAGGAACAUUCACCACAGCCCGGAGCUCUUCCCCGAGCCGGAGAAGUUCGACCCAUCCAGAUUCGAGGUCGCACCAAAGCCCAACACAUUUUUGGCAUUUGGCAACGGGACCCACUCAUGCCCAGGGAAUGAGUUGGCUAAAUUGGAGAUUUUGGUACUUCUACAUCACUUGACCACUAAGUACAGAUGGUCGUUGAUGGGUUCUCAGAACGGAAUUCAGUAUGGGCCCUUCGCUCUUCCCCAGAAUGGUCUGCCCAUCAAGUUAUUCCGGAAAUAAUGCAAUUUCUCCUCAACUAAUGUUCGGACUCUCGAACUCAAAAAAAAAAAAAAAAAAAGUUAAGUAUGCCAAGCACAACAGCGAGUGGGCGGGUCGGUUUGGAUCUCGUUUGUGCUCCGUCUUGAUCCAAUACUACUAAGUGGAGCAGCGAGCACUCGGAUUACGGACCUACUAGAUGAUAUAUGAUGGUUGCAAGUCGCGACGUAUUAAUAACUCAGUGGACGCCCCAUAUACAGGAAGACUUCUCAGAUUCUACUCGAUCAAAAGAUCUAACUCGUGGAAGCAAUUAAGAAGGGAGCCAAGUGUACAUAGCAAGCCCUUGACACUCAUUUAUCUCAAAAGAAUAAGAUGAUAAAUGAAAACCAAUAGAAAGAAGAACAAGAGAAUAGCAGAUGGCAAGCGAUUAAAAUUCAUAUUCUUUUGUUUUGAGAAAUGGCAAAAUAGGUAGGUUCAGUGGAUGGGAUCAAAUGUAUGUAAUUGGGUUUUUUGGCCAAGAUUUUUUUUUUCUUUUGUCUUCUUUUAUCAUUUGCAAAUGAAGUCCGCAAGGCAAUAAUCAAUAGACAAUUUCUCAUGGAAUUCUUCCUCA